UCCCUGCAGGCUCCCCUCAUGGAGACCGCCCCCGCCGCCCCCGUUCCCCCUGGCCCCGCGGCGGGCCCCUUCCCCCCACUCUUCCCCCCGGGGCUGCACGGCAUCUAUGGCGAAUGCCGGCGACUGUACCCGGAGCAGCCCAACCCCCUGCAGGUCACCGCCAUCCUCAAAUACUGGUUAGGUGGACCUGAUCCUCUGGACUACGUCAGUAUGUACAGGAACUUGGGAAGUCCAACCCAAAAUGUUCCUGAGCAUUGGCACUAUGUAAGCUUUGGAUUAAGCGACUUGUAUGGUGAUAACAGAGUACACGAGUUUACUGGACCAGAUGGGCCAAGUGGUUUUGGAUUUGAACUGACAUUUCGACUUAAGCGUGAAACAGGGGAAUCUGCGCCACCCACAUGGCCAGCAGAGUUAAUGCAAGGGUUAGCCAGAUACGUCUUCCAAUCAGAAAAUACAUUUUGUAGUGGUGACCAUGUAUCGUGGCAUAGUCCAUUGGACAACAGUGAGUCCAGGAUCCAGCAUAUGCUCCUGACUGAAGAUCCACAAAUGCAGCCAGUUCAGACACCAUUUGGGAUUGUUUCUUUUCUUCAGAUUGUUGGGGUAUGCACAGAGGAGCUUCAUGCAGCACAGCAAUGGAAUGGGCAGGGUAUAUUAGAAUUGCUUCGGACUGUUCCUGUAGCAGGAGGCCCAUGGUUAAUAACAGACAUGCGACGGGGAGAGACGAUAUUUGAAAUAGAUCCACACCUGCAACAGGACAGAGUUGAUAAAGGGAUUGAGACAGAUGGCUCAAACCUGAGUGGCGUCAGCGCUAAAUGUGCCUGGGAUGACCUUAGCCGGCCACCAGAGGAUGAUGAAGACAGUAGAAGUAUCUGCAUUGGCACACAUCCUCGAAGAUUGUCUGGGAAAGAUACAGAGCAAAUCCGUGAGACACUGCGAAGGGGACUUGAGAUUAACAGCAAGCCUGUUCUGCCACCAAUUAAUGGUCAGAGACAGAAUGGGCUGAACAAUGACAGAGCACCGAGUCGCAAGGACAGUCUGGAAAGUGAGAGCUCAGCAGCAAUUAUUCCUCAUGAGUUGAUUCGCACAAGACAGCUUGAAAGUGUGCACCUAAAAUUCAACCAAGAAUCAGGAGCAUUAAUUCCUCUUUGUUUAAGGGGCAGAUUAUUACAUGGACGACACUUUACAUACAAAAGUAUUACAGGGGAUACAGCAAUCACUUUUGUAUCGACAGGCGUUGAAGGGGCCUUUGCUACAGAGGAACAUCCAUAUGCAGCACAUGGACCCUGGUUACAAAUCUUGCUGACUGAAGAGUUUGUGGAAAGAAUGCUGGAAGACUUAGAAGAUCUGAACUCUCCAGAAGAAUUCAAACUUCCAAAAGAGUAUAGUUGGCCUGAAAAGAAACUGAAAGUCUCCAUCUUGCCUGAUGCUGUAUUUGACAACCCACUCCAUUAGAGCCAACAGACACCCACAAGCAACAACUUACUGUGUGCUGCCCAGUGACUCAUGGGAUAAUUUAGUGCAGUAAAAGCUGUUCCUGCAAAUAGGAGAUGUUGCUGCAUAACCACUGCAGUCAGAGGAAGGAUUACUCAACAGCAGUCCAGCCAGAACUGAACUCUUCUGGUACACCUGGCUUUCUCUUCUUUCAUCAUUGCUGAACUCUGAAUACCCUGUACGUGAAUGAGUGUGAGAAUGAGACAAAGAGAAAGAAGUAUUUAACUAUGAACAGUAGCUGUAAUAAUUUCCUUAUUUUAGCUGUCUCCAGAACUCCUUACUGCCUUAGCUCAGGGUUUAUGCACUUCAUCUGCCUUUGUUUAAUCACACAUUUUUCUGAUGUAACUUCAAAAUUCAUUUAUUAUCCAGGCUUUUCCUGACCAAAAUUCUUCCUUCAUUGUGAGUUCUGUUACUCUAGAAAGGGUAUGGUAUCUCUCCCUCUGCCCGCUCCAUACUUAAAACUGAAGAAAUACGUUUCAGCUGUGAUAAUUGCACCAGGGACUGAGUUGGCAGGGGAAUCAUGGUCCCAUUGGCUGAGUUGCAGUAAUGUCACAAAAUGGCUGGCCUUCUGGCUCAGAUAAUGAAGUGCUUAAGCUGUCAUUUUAGACUUUAGAAUCUGAAUUCUGAGUUCUAAAGGCACUGUAUUUGAAAGUAAAUCCCUCUCUUGAUUUGCCCUAGAGAACCCACAGCUUAGGUACUAAUUUAGGAACAACAUUGGAUUGGGGGAGUCCUUAAAACUGUGUCAAGUGGGACUUACUGCCAGGUAAGCAUGUGUAGGAUUAUAGGUUUAAAAAUCUCUGUGUUGGGCAAUUGCAUCUGUAUUGAGGUAAUAGGCCAAAACAUCUCUUGAGACAAUAGGCCAAAACAACCCCAGGUAUCUUCAGUGUCUCUUGCUUGGUCACCAAGAAAAGAGGCAAGUAAAUGGGCAAUUAGCACAUAGGCUGUCUUAUUGGGCUCACCCAAUAAAUUGAUGGUUGGGCUUAUUUUCUGUAUUGGUAAACCAGUUCUUCCAUUUUUGUUAACAUUCCUGGUACUGCACCCCUCCUGAAGUUUGCUGUAGGUUUCUGCCAGAUUCCCCUGUCACAGAUUGCAGAGGAAUAGGAUAUGGUCCAUGAGUAAAGACAGGCCUGAGAACCUGUUGUCUUUAAAUAAUCUUAUCUCUCUAGCUCACCACCACCAAGUAAUACUAUCUCUCUAGCUCACCAUCACCAAAAAUGAAAUUGGUCACUGCGAAAGCAAGAAUUUACAUUGUGGAAUUAGCCCCUGCCCAUCACCACCAAGAUGGAAGAAAGUCCACUUCAACUAGGCUCUCAUUCCAAAUGCCACAAAUAUGCAUACAUCUAGAGAUCUUGUUUUCUGAAGAAAUGUUGUCAUGGAUAUGGGAGCUGUGCAGAAAAGCAUUUUUUCCUGAGCUCAGCCAACCAGGUCAAAAGUUUUGAGCCAAGAUUUUAGCUCUGCAAACUCUGCUUUUAAGUAUGAGGAUCCAUCCCAAACUCCAGAUGCUCAACUGUUAUGAUUAAAGUCUGGGGCAGAGCCAUGUUGUACAGAACAAAAGCACAGUUCUUUUUAAUCCUUAAAGGGAAUCCUUCCCAUACAGGUUGCUCAGAAUUGGCAUACAUGCUCUAAAGAGAAGCAGCCAUGUGAUAAUGCCUUGAUUAGAGCAAGUGUAAGUAGUAUAUAAGUUGUGGCAGGCUGUAGCUGGUAAGAAACUAUUUUGUAUUGCCCACAGGCUCCCUGACAGAAUCCUAGGAGUCCCAUCUUUGAUAUUAAGAUUUGAGAUAGCACAGUGGGUUAGUCUGUUCUAAUGUUUAGGGAUUACAAAGAAAAAGGCUUUGGGAGAAACUUAGUUGAUGGUGUUUUGGAAAUGUAGGCUGCUGUUGUGAGCACAGUCCAAAUUUAUGUGCUAAUAUAAGCAGAAUUGACUAUCAAUGCCAAAUUAUUUUAGCAUGGAACACUACAAAGCUGAAACAGACCGAACCAUAGGGUGGUCUUGCAGAAAUACACAGGGAGUCCCUGUUUAUGAGAGAAAUAUUUUAGCAUUCACUUGAAUGUUACUCCCAGAUGCCUUGUAUAUUUUCCCCACCAAAAACAAACAAACAAACCCCCCACUUUAUUAGGCCUAGUUUUCACAAACAGCAGCCGUGGUGGUAAACUUAUUUCUUGACUGUUGUGCUUCAGACUUUAAUGGGGAAUGUAAUGGGUUUUUGCUUGUUUUGUUUUUGCUUCUCUGUGGAAAAAAAAAAGGUUCCCUGCAACAUAAAUCUGGUAUGCCAAGAAAGAAAUUAGGCAAGAGUCCUUCUCCCUGACACCUGAUUUCCUAUGUGUGGAAGUUUUAUAUAUGUAGUAGCCUUUCUAAUCCAACAAUCUGUUCCUACAAUGGCCAACCAGUUGCCUAUGAGAAGCCCACAAACAGGACAUGAAUGCAAUGGCACUGUCCUACUCAUGUUCCAACUAACUGGAAUUCAGAGGCAGGCUGCCUCUGAUACUGGAGGUAACACAUAGCCCUCAUGACUAUGUUGCAUUUAAUCAUGGGAGCCCUUAGGAGUUGUUUUCAGAGACUAAACUACCAAGCUUAUCUACAAUUCAUCUUUGAAUCUUUGUGUAUUCCAUGAUGUAUUCCACUCUCUAUAGGUGAUGUGUCAGUCCAUUUCCCCUGUUGAUAGAGUAAAGAGGGGGUUUCCUGUCUGAAAAAUGAAAGAAGCUAUGGAGAAAUAGGCAAAAUACUGUGAAAUGCUAGAUUGGGAUUUUAAAAACGUGUGGAAUAUCUCAGGAAGGAUCUGUGAGCUAGAGACUUAGACUUCUAUUUGCUAAGGCUCAUGAUGGUUUGUUGCAACAUGUUACAUUCUGUCAAAACCUUUUUAGUGAUUUGUCCAGCAUGAACAUUCCUUUGGAGUGAAAAAUUGGCCCAACGUCUUUAUUUGAAUUUUAAAAUGACUAUUUCAUAUGACUUGCAGAGCAAGAGCAUUCAGAUUUCAUAUCUGCCUGAAACAAUCCACAAAUUACUGCCUUGGUAAAUCAAAGGUAAGGUGCCCUGAUGUAUAUUUGUUUAAUCAGUAACAGUUUAUGGCAGUUACUGCUGGGACCUCUCCUUGUCAGCUCUACAGACGACUUAAUGGAAUGGGGCUUGGUAUCUCCAACUUAUUGUAUAUGAGUAACUUUUCAUAGGCAAACACUCAUACCAUGGUCAGUUAUGCUGACCAUUCCCCCCCCUGAGACAAGGCAGGAAGAGUUUGCUUUGCACUCUCACUCUCCGCUUGCUAGUUACUGAAGUGGUUUACAGGAAACUGGAGCUUUGGCUGCUCUUCAGUUGGUUUGCACCUGCUCCUUAAUCCCUCCAGCACCUGGAGCUGUAAACACCCUUCCUGGGUUGCUGCAACAAUUAUUAACUUUCAGUGCAGCUGUUGCACCAGUCAUGUGCCAGGACAGUACUAACUUAACCACCAGACCAAAUAGUAACAAAAGGGCCAUUCCAGAGGGUUUACUAUCUAAAUACGAAGCAGACAGUAAGUGAGCAUAAUAUAGAGAUGCAAAAGUAGUUUGAGUGAGAAUACUGCUCAGGUAGAAGGCAAGUUAUAAGUAAGAGAAGAGACACUUGAUCCUGCUGCAGGUGUUUGGCCCAACAUGCUAUUUUGCUCAGGAGCUGAGCCCUAUAAAAGCAAUAAACAUUUUUGCAAUACAAAGAGCCUCAGUCUCACUCCCCUAUGCCUCAUUCUCCACCUCCCCCUAAAAUUUGUGGAGAGUCUAAAUCUAAAAACAGGAGCCACUCCACUUGAAAGCACACUCACCCUGUUGUCACACGACAGUCUUGCAAGGGUUGAGCUCAAGGGAGGCGAACGAGUUUUGCCAGUUUGAAGCCAAAGGGGCUGUGCAGAGUGUUGAUUGGCUUGAUGCUUAUGAUGUCGUAAAACACCCUCUGCCUGGAACAGUUUUUCAGCUUCAAAAUAAAUAAUUGGGUUGUUUUAAAAAUAAUAAAUCAAGUGCUGUAUGAUUAUUUAAAUGAAUAAUCCUGCAACAAACAGCACUUCAAGCAUCCAAAUAAAACAAAAGAUGGGCAGCCCACAAGCAUGAAGGGAAGGGCCAAAUUGGGCAGGAAAUUAAUAUUCACUGCAGAGACAGGUAUGUUUGUGACUAAAAGAGCAAAGGUGGGCUCGUCCCAGAGAGGCCAAAAAUUUUAUUGGCUCCCAUUUUUAUGUACAGACCCUCGGACUACAAAACUUCACUUUUUUUUUUCCUGAUGUGUUGAUUUGAACUUGGUCUCUCCACCAAGUCAGAUAAUGGUGAAGCAGAAAUGCCCUAUGCAUAGUGCAGUCUUAUGCAGCAUGUUUUACACUGCACUUUAAUCAUUCACUUCACUUUGCAGAACUGGAAGUGUAAGGCACCUAUAUGGCAACUGAAAGCAUGGGUUUCACAUCUGCAUAGAUGCCAAUGGAGUUCAGUAGUGCUGAAGAGAUUGCUCCAUCAUACUCUUCAUUUUUCCAGUAGCCAUAGAAAACCCACGAACUGUUUUAGAAAUCCCCUUUGCAUAUGAUCCAUAUACAUAAAAGCAAGGGAAGUAAGGGUCAUAGAGCAAAUGUAUUUGCAGAACUGGCUUGAAGCAAAAAAAAUGUGUUAAAUGUUUAAUGUUGCUCACUACCACUACCAUAGUUUAUAGGAAAAUAAAGAAUACCUUCAUAUUCUGGCAGUUCUAAUUUACUAUGGUGUUUCCUUUCCUAUCUUCACUUGCUCUGUUCCUUUCAAAUCUUUUGCUUGGCAUCCAAAAUGUCAAACAGAAUACAAGUCUGUAGCUGAUGUGAGUUUUAAAAGGAUCCCUGGGCUGACCUGCCUCUCAGGCAAUUAACCUAUGAGCAUGAUGCACUUUGAUUCCUCUUCAUUUCAUAUACAGUUCUUUUUUGCUUCUCAAAUUGCUUACAGACCAUAAAGUCAUAAUAAGUGGUACAUUAGCUUUGUAGUAUCAUUACAAGGCUGUCAUAAAGGUGUGCCUUUGCUCCAGCCAGCCUGCCAGCCAGCCAGCUAAUAUGGAGGUUGGAUAAGUAUUUGGAAAAACCCUCUCCAUCUUCCUGCUUUAUGAUUCACUGCUGAAAUUUGAAAUCCCUGAUAGCCAAAUAUCACAAUGAAUGCCAGUGUGGGCUGUAAAUGUUUAAAGAGGACUUCAUCAAGCGAAAUUUAAUUUCAGAAAAUUAAUUUGUUUAAAAGCUCAAACAGGAAUUUGGUUGCCAGCUGACUAUCCUAUUCUCUUCCCCUGCACCUUUUCUCUCUGAUGUUUCCUUUGCUUGUUUCCUAGUGAGGGUGGAAAUCAGCACAGCUACUGUUUUUUUCUUCCCCAGGGCCCUUAUGGCAAAGGUCUGCAUUCAUCUCUGCUCUUCUACAUAAUGGAGAAAGCGGGGGAUGAUAGUGUGAGCCCUGUUGAUGGUAUAUGUUAUAAGUGUGUGGGCCUUGCAGUAAGAGAGGAUGGCCACUGCCAGCCCUGGUUAAUAUUCUGAGGAAACACAGGAAUGUGCAAUUGCCUUACAGGGCCUGUUGGCUCAGGUUUAAGCCGAGUAUCCCUUUCACCAGGUUUCCUUUCAACACCAAACAGAAUCUUAGUUCUGUAUAAAGACUUCAUCUACCUUAAGGAAAGCGAAACCUAUUAAAUUGAUAAAACCAGUGACUUAAUUCAAAAGAUCCUGUGCUCUGUCUGGCUAUUCUAGAGCUGCAGUUUACAACUGAACAGUAUCAAAAUGCCUUCAUUUGGGGACGGGGGUGGGGUGGGGGGAGGUACUCAAAGCUGUGUGCUUCACGUGUGCCCAUCCGCCUUUCUUACCACAUUUAAACUCUCCCUGGGUGGAGAGAUUAAAUGUUCACCACUGGGGUUCAGUUUGAGCAGUUCUGAAUGUUGCUGAAACUGAAAACUGCAAAUAAGAAUUUUAAAAGGAAUAAAUUGAGGUAGUGUCACACUCCAAGUGGAAGAAGGAUCACCUUCUUUUCUUUAAACUGUUUUAUCUCCAUAUGAACCAGAAUUGACUAUUAACACAGGGGGUUGUUAAUUUUUCUAAGGGAUAGAACUCUUGUUUGUUGUUAUUGUAGUUCUAUAUUUUGGGUGGCUGUAGUGCUAGAAAACUCUGAACAAAUUGAAUUGUUUUACCUUUGGAGGAACUAAUCCUUACACCUCCAUUUUUAAUUCUGACUGUUGAGGCUGCUUUGACAAGCUUCAGCUGAGGUGAACCUUUUUGUAGUUCAUCUGUGUGUGUGUGUGUGUGUGUGUGUGUGUGUGUGUGUGUGUGCCUCUACAAAAAUGUUAUGGACACAGCAGACGCUGUCUGAAAAUGGUUUGCCGUUCCUGCAGUGAGAUUUUCAGUACUUUGUAGUAUGCCUUUUUUCUACCAAAAACCCCCCAAUGAAAACCUAAACUAGCAGAGGUUUUUAAAAUAUUUUAUAUUAGUUUCUAAUGUAUAUUCUUACAUUAUCACAGUGCUGGUGUGCUCAUCCGCACAAAACUACUUUUUGUAAUAUUUUUGUGAAUCACGAAGCUUUGUUUCUUUCCUGUGUAUUCAAAGUACAUUAAACUUGUUUGCAUA